CUUCAAUUUAUUUCCAAGAGAGAUAAGCAAAACCCAUGGCCAUGAAACCCACAGGUAAUUUAUACAAUCAAGCUCAGCCGUAUGUGGCCAUGGUUUUAAUGCGUUUAGGCUCUGCCGGUAUGCCCAUAGUUGCCAAAUAUGCUCUCAACAAAGGUAUGAGCCAGCAUGUUUUGGUGGUCUAUCGGUUCGCCAUUGCCACUCUUGUCCUUGCUCCUUUCGCCGUUGUUUUCGAAAGGAAAGUUCGGCCGAAGAUGACCUUAUCUGUCUUUGUUCAGAUAGUGUUGUUGAGCUUAUUGGAGCCUGCGAUUGAUCAAAACUUGUAUUACACUGGGAUCAAGUAUACAACGGCAACCGUUGCGACCGCCCUGUGCAAUGUUCUUCCGGCCUUCGUGUUUUUGCUAGCUUGGGUUUGUAGGCUCGAGAAAGUUGAUGCGAGGAAAGUACAGUGCCAAGCGAAGAUUUUGGGGACCAUUGGAACUGUCGGAGGAGCAAUGAUUAUGACAAUGUUCAAUGGGCCAAUGUUGCCAUUUCCGUGGACGAAAAUCAAUCAUCACGCACAGUCUACAAACGAUGCAUCAAACAUUGAAAAUCCGGUGAAGGGUGCUAUAAUGAUCCUUGUAGGCUGCGUUUGUUGGGCGUGUUUUGUCAUUCUUCAAACGAUCACCUUAAAAUCAUACCCUGCCGAGCUAUCUUUAACAACAUUGAUUUGCUUUAUGGGCGCAAUUGAAGGUGCCAUUGUUGCCUUGGUAAUGGAGAGGGGCAAUGCUGCUGCUUGGGCCAUUCACUGGGAUUCUAAACUUCUCGCCGCGGUUUACAGCGGAAUUAUAUGUUCUGGGGUUGCAUAUUACAUAGGAGCAAUGGUGAUACAAGCAAAGGGACCCGUCUUUUUUGCUUCAUUUAAUCCUUUGACAAUGGUGAUCGUUGCCAUUAUGAGUUCCUUUAUCUUUUCCGAGAUAAUGUAUUUAGGAAGGGUUAUUGGAGCAAUCGUGAUUGUUGUAGGGCUUUACCUGGUUUUGUGGGGCAAAAGCAAAGAUCAGAAGAUGUCGUCAGAUUCAACCGACGACACUAAGGAACAAACUCCAAUAGGUGGUGAAACUCAGAUGGCCACUACAAAUGAAGCAACAACACCCAUUUCAAAUCAAGAUUUUGUUGCUUUAGAUUUAAGUAAAGUGUCUAGAAACAGCCCACAAUAAAUAUCAUUAUAUAUAUAUAUGACUAAGCUUAUUCUAAUUGCUUUGAUUUGGCCUAACCAGCCAUUUGUUUUCUUUCUUUUUAUCGAUUUAGGGUUUUAUGUUUUUUUUAAUUUUAACAGUGUUAUCUAAUUGGACUAAUUUCAUC